GCGAUUCGCGCGCGUCGCUUCGGCGUCGGCGACGACGACGCCGCGGGCUCGCUCUUCAAAGCCCAACACGUCGACGAUCGGACGCGCGGGGCGACGCGAAGAGGGGGCGCGCGCCGACGCUGGCGGCGAUCGCGCGCGCGCGCGGAGGACCUCGACGAGGCGUCGGCGACGGACGACCGCGCGGAAGACGCGUCGCGCGGCGGGGAGGACGAGGACGCGCGCGACGACCCCGCGGCCGACGACGUCGCCUCGUCGAACGGCACUUUUCCGGCGGAGCCCGAGGAGGAGUGGACGCUCGAGUUCCCGUCCUCCGUCGACGACGCGCGAGAGAAGUGGGACACGAUCCCGUCGCGAUACAGAAUCAUCGUCGGCACGACGUGCGCGUUCAUACUCUGCAACAUGGACAAGGUGAACAUCUCCGUGGCGAUCAUACCGAUGGCGAGCGAGAUGGGGUGGUCGGCGUCCACCGCGGGAUUUCUUCAGUCGGCGUUUUUCUACGGGUUCGCGCUGUCUCAGCUCCCGGGCGGGUACCUCGCGACGCGGUUCGGCGGCGCGCGGAUGCUCCCCAUCGGCGUCGCCAUAUGGUCGGCGGCGACGUUCAUCGUCCCAUUCGUCGCGGACAACACCGCGGGAUUAUUCGCGUCGAGGGUGCUCGUGGGUCUCGGCGAGGGCAUCUCCCCCGCCGCGGCGACCGACGUCAUCGCGCGGAGCGUCCCGCUCAGCGAACGCAGCCGCGCCGUCGCGUUCACGUUCAACGGGUUCAGCAUCGGCAGCGUGCUCGGUCUGUCCCUUGCGCCGGCGAUAAUCACCAACUUCGGGUGGAGGUCCGUGUUCUUUCUCUUCGGCGGCGUCGGAUUAGGCUGGGUCGCUUGGGUCGGAAACGGCGUGUACAAGCGCGGCGGCGCGUCCCCGGACGCGGACCCGAAGACGCUGCCGCCGGUGCCGUGGGGCGAGAUCUUCUCGUGCGUCCCCGUCCGCGCGCUCGCGUACGUGCACUUCUGCAACAACUGGGGGUUCUACGUCCUGCUCGCGUGGCUGCCGUCGUACUUCACGCAAGAGAUCGGCGUCAACCUCACGAACGCGAGUCUGUUCACGCUGUUGCCGCCGCUCGCGAACAUCGUCGUCGCGUCGUUCGUCGGGCCGCUCGCGGAUGCCGCGAUCGAACGGGCGACGCCGGUGAACGUCGUCCGGAAGACGGCGCAGAGCGUCGCGUUCUUCGGGCCCGCGACGUUCAUGGGGCUCGCGUGCUUCGAUUACUUCGACAACCCGCUCGUCACCGUGGGGCUGCUCACCGUCGGCUUGUCGCUGUCGUCGUUCUCGUACGCGGGUCUGUACUGUAAUCAUCAGGACAUGUCGCCGAGGUACGCGUCUAUUCUGUUGGGAAUGACAAACACCGUGGGGGCGUUCCCGGGGGUGAUCGGGGUGCCGCUGACGGGGUACCUGUUAGAGAGGACGGAUAACUGGGAGGUAUCUAUGUUCGCCCCCGCGGUGUUCUUUUACGUCACCGGCGCCGCGGUGUUCGCGAAGUGGGGGUCCGCGGAGAAGCAGGAGUGGGGGUGAACGAACGGACGACGACGGAUGAAAUUAUUUCAAUCGCCUUAUUAUUGGGUACGCGUAGCGCAGAACUUCAGCAGAACUUGUAGUAGCAGAUAUGAUAUGAUAAGACGACGGUCGCACGCCGGGCGCGGCGCCGGGCGUAGGCACUCCAUC